AUGGCCACCGCACCUUCCCAGAACUACGACUACCUCCGGCGCAAGCAGAGCACAAAGGCGCCCGUUUCGUCAAUCACACCAGUCCGCACCCACGCCCGCACACCGAGCGAGCGCAACAGCAACGGCACCGUCAGCUCAUAUGGAACCACCAACACGCGCGACACCGCCAUCACCGAGCCCCCAGCCUACUCCAAGAAGCUCGUUGUUGUCGGCGACGGUGGAUGCGGCAAGACAUGUCUGUUGAUCAGCUACAGCUCCGGCAACUUCCCAGAGAAAUAUGUACCAACCGUCUUCGAGAACUACAUCACUCACACGCCCCAUCCGCCGACAGGCAAGAUGGUUGAGCUUGCCCUGUGGGACACCGCCGGCCAAGAGGAAUACGACAGGUUGCGACCGCUCUCCUACCCCGAGACCGAUGUCAUCUUCGUGUGCUUCGCCAUUGACUGCCCCAACUCACUAGAAAACGUCAUGGACAAGUGGUACCCAGAGGUCCUCCACUUCUGCCCAACAACGCCUCUUAUGCUCUUGGGGCUCAAGUCUGACCUGCGCAACAAGAAGAACUGCAUCGAGCUCCUCAAGACACAAGGCUUGACGCCCGUCACCACCGAGCAGGGACGUGCCGUCGCAAAGAAGAUGGGCGCUGCGUACAUGGAGUGCAGCAGUAAAGAGCAAGACGGUGUCGAGGAAAUCUUCGACAUGGCCGUCACAAUGGCCGUGGGCGAGGAGCACAAGGAGCAAGAAGAGCGCCGCGUAGGCACAGCCACCUCGUCAAGAGGGAACACAUCAGCGUUCCCCGCUGGGGGCGGCAAGAAGAAGAAGCGCAGCGGCUGCAAAGUGCUAUAG